UCACAUCCAAACCUCACCCUCCAUUUUUCUUUCCAUUCUCCAUUUUCCACAUUGAAAUGGAAAACAACAACAAGAACAACUCCAUUCUCUAAAGCAACAACCAACACACUAUUUGCACUUCCUUUUUCUUAUCUUCUUCACCCUUUUGAUUUGUAGUAAUGGCAGCGGUUACUUCACUAUCUUUCUCAGCGAUUGCUCAAUCGACUGAAAGGAAAUCGUGUGUAUCUUCAUCUCGCGUUAUUGAUACAUGUAGGUUUCGUUCCAAUUUCUCAUUUGAUUCAGUCAAUGUUCGAUCUUCCAAAUCUUCAACCUCUCGUUUUGUUGUUCAUUGCAUGUCCAGUUCAGCCUCAGAUUUGCCAACUGUUGCUGACACUAAAAUGAAUUUCUUGACCGCUUACAAGCGUCCAAUUCCAACUGUCUACAACACAGUGUUACAAGAGCUAAUCGUGCAACAGCAUUUGACAAGGUACAAGAAAUCCUACCAAUAUGAUCCCAUCUUUGCGCUAGGUUUUGUUACUGUAUAUGAUCAACUUAUGGAGGGCUACCCAAGUGACGAGGAUCGUGAUGCCAUCUUCAAAGCAUAUAUAGAGGCACUAAAGGAGGAUCCUAUGCAAUACAGAGCUGAUGCACAAAAAUUAGAAGAAUGGGCUCGUACUCAAAAUGCCAGUACGCUAGUCGACUUUUCAUCCAAAGAUGGAGAAGUUGAAAAUAUUUUCAAAGAUAUUGCACAGAGAGCUGGAACCAAGGACAGUUUCUGCUACAGUCGAUUAUUUGCGGUUGGUCUCUUUCGCCUACUUGAGUUGGCAAAUGUAACCGAUCCUACCAUCUUAGAAAAGCUUUGUGCGGCACUCAAUGUAAAUAAGAAAAGUGUGGACCGGGACCUUGACGUUUAUCGCAAUUUGCUCUCCAAGCUGGUUCAGGCUAAAGAGUUGUUGAAGGAAUACGUGGAAAGGGAGAAGAAAAAGAGAGGAGAAAGGGAAAGUCAGAAGGCCAAUGAGACUGUGAGUAAAUGUUUGGGAGACUACCAAUAUGCUGGGAGGUAAGGCAAAUGUCAUUUUGUCCUCCUGCUUGGACCUCAUUGACUUGUUCGCUUUGAACAGUCCAUGUAUUAUAGAGCUCAGUCUCCAAAACUCAGGCAAGUUAUAUUAGAAAAUCAAAGUUAAGUUGAAUGUUUUUUUACUACAGUAAUUGAGAUAUACAGCAAUGUUCAUUAUUUUCUGGUUAAACAGAUUAGCUGUAUUGUUGCAAUUAUCUCUAAAUUAUUAGAUAAAGCCUCUCAGUAGUGACAAAAAUCAAAGAUUUGCUCUGCUCUCA